UCAUAUUGUUUGCCAAACGAAGUGUUUGUGACGUGUCGGAUCUGAAUAUUUUCCGGAAUAAAUAUAGAAAUAUGGAUAAAUUUAGUAUUUUCAGUGUAAUUUUCUUAAUAUCCUUAUUGGAAUUCACCAAUGGUCUUUAUUUCCACAUUGGCGAAACGGAGAGGAAAUGCUUCAUCGAAGAAAUACCGGAUGAAACAAACGUCAUAGUAAAUUACAAGGUAGAGCUCUAUGAUCCACGAAGUGGUGGUUUCAUGCCCUCAUCUCCAGGAAUUGGCAUGCACGUUGAGGUUAGGGAUCCAGAUGACAAGAUAAUCUUGUCGAGAGUGUACAGCUCAGAAGGAAGGAUCUCAUUCACUUCUCAUACACCUGGUGAACAUGUCAUUUGCAUGUACUCCAACAGCACUGCUUGGUUCAGCGGAUCUCAGCUGCGUGUGCACUUGGACAUUCAAGUUGGUGAACAUGCAGUAAACUAUGGUGAUGUAGUACAAAAGGAGAAGCUAUCAGAAUUGCAAUUGAGGAUCAGGCAACUUUUGGAUCAAGUGGAGCAAAUCACCAAGGAACAAAAUUAUCAGAGAUAUCGUGAAGAGAGGUUCCGUCAGACCAGCGAAAGCACCAACUCUCGCGUUCUUUGGUGGUCGGUCACCCAAACUGCUGUCCUCAUUGUGAUGGGAGCCUGGCAAAUGAAGCAUCUGAAGAGUUUCUUUGAAGCCAAGAAAUUAGUUUAAACUUUCCAUCAGUUCACCAUCCUCAGUUGAAAACUAUUUAUAAUUUUUUUUUAACUAAAUCUACAUGAUUAAAAUAAAGUGUUUGUUUUCAUUUU